CUUGAAGACACUGUGGCCCACCAGAACUGCGGUAGGUGACCCCAUGUCUCAGCUCUGCCCUGGAGCCAUGGGCUUGGGGUUCAUCUUGUGGGAGGAGAGCAAAGCAGAGGAUGCGCUCUGGCCUUGGUGUCUCCAGGCCAAGACACCUGUGCUCCUGUGGCCCCUCGGCUUCCCAGGGGCAGAGUGAGUGAGCAGAAGACUCAGGGAGCCCUAUCUGCGUCUAGAGACCACCCACCUGGUGCCAUUCAGAUCCCAGGCCUCCUCAGGGAGGGGCUCUACCCCUCUGCCCUCCUCCAGGCCCAGCUCCACAGCUGUGGAUGUUUGGCCCAUCUGCGCUGGUCACUCCCAUCUCCAGAGGGAAAAACUCAAGGACAGUUGGACACAUUGGUCACAGGCCAUACUUUCUAUCACUAGUGGGAAGGAGAUAGGCAGCCAGGCUGGAACAGAAGGGGCUUUGAGAAGGCCCAGGAUUGCAGUGGGGCUCAGGCACAGGCCCCCAAGGUCAUGUCCUGGGAGGCGAUAGGGGCUGUCUUCCAGCACAAACACCCUGGGCUUACCCAUAUAAGCAGGGUGGCCCAGCCCCUCACAGUUCCCAGGAUGUGGGCUGCACCUCUCUCUCGGCUGGUCCUCCUGCUUUGGGGCACCCUGCUGAGGGCUGGGACCCCCAGAGAAGAGGCUUUACCUGGGGAUCCCCCUGCAGGCACCAGAGGUCUCAUCUUCCACCAAGACCGGGACUGGCCAGGCCCUCAGGUCUGGCCUGCAAGCAGCCAGCAAGACUCCCUGUGCCUGGUGACGCUGGGUGGACAUGGCAACGGCAGCAGUGCCCCGCUUCGGGUGGUGGGAGCCCUAAGGGGCUAUGAGCAGGCCUUCCUGGAGGCCCUGCAUCAGAGCCACUGGGGGCCCCGUGACCUGGCCACCUUUGGGGUCUGCACCCCCAGCCAUGAGCACACUGCCUUGCCCCUUCUUCAGUUGCUUCAAGUGUGGCUGGGGGAGCCACAUGGGCAGCAGCUGGUGGUCCUGCACCUGGAGGAAGUGAUGUGGGAGCCAACACCCUCGCUGAGGUUCCAGGAGCCUCCACCUGGAGAAAGCCCCCCAGAGCUGGCGCUGCUGGUGCUGUACCCCGGGCCUGGCCCAGAAGUCACUGUAACAGGGGCAGGGCUGCUGGGCACCCAGAGUCUCUGCCUAUCCCGGGACACCAGUUACCUGGCGCUGGCCGUGAACCAUCCCGCGGGGGCUUGGCAGGGCAGGGGACUCAUCCUAACCCUGCGUCACCGUGGAAACGGUACCUUCCUGAGCACCACCCAGCUGCAGGCGCUGCUGUUCCGCACCGACCCCCGCUGCUUCACGAGGAUGACCCCGGCCCUGCUCCUGUUGCCUCGGUCCGGACCUACGCCCAUGCCCGUGCAGGGUCGUCAGGAUACUGUGCCCUUCCCCUCACCCAGUCCAACCCUGCAGCUUGAGGAGCCACCACCCAGCGCCGACCCCUUCCUGGAGACGCUCACACGCCUGGUACGCGCGCUGCGGGGUCCCCCAGCCCGGGCCUCGCUGCGGAGCCUGGCCCUAGACCCUGCGGCCCUGGCUGGCUUCCCGCAGGGCCUGGUCAACCUGUCGGACCCCGUGGCACUGGAGCGCCUGCUUGACGGCGAGGAGCCCCUGUUGCUGCUAUCACCUGCCUCUGCCACCGCUGGCGUCCCCACAUCGCUGCAGGGCCCUGUGUCCUCGCCCUGGGCAGCGGACCUCGCGCGCCGCGUGGCCUCGGAACUGCAGGCAGCUGCUGCUGAGCUGCGCGGCCUCCCAGGGCUGCCUUCCGCCGCCCCACCGCUGUUGGCGCGCCUGCUCGAGCUGUGCCCUGGGGACCCGGGGGACUCAGGCGGUCCCGGCGGCCCGCUGCGUGCGCUGCUACUGCUAAAGGCGCUGCAGGGCCUGCGCACAGAGUGGCGUGGGCGGGAGUGGAGCGGGCCAGCACGAGCACAGCGCAGCGCUGGGGCCCGGGCCGCAGACGGGACGUGCGCACUUCGAGAGCUGAGUGUGGACCUUCGUGCGGAGCGGUCCGUACUCAUCCCGGAGACGUACCAGGCCAACAACUGCCAGGGCUCGUGCGGGUGGCCACAGUCCGACCGCAACCCGCACUACGGUAACCAUGUGGUCCUGCUGCUCAAGAUGCAGGCCCGUGGGGCUACCCUGGCACGCCCGCCCUGCUGCGUGCCCACAGCCUACACGGGCAAGCUGCUCAUCACCCUAUCGGAGGAGCGCAUUAGCGCGCACCACGUGCCCAACAUGGUGGCAACCGAGUGCGGCUGCCGAUAACCCCGCGCCGCCGCGUCCCGAGUGGCGCCUCUAUCCAUAUUUAUUCGGACCCCAAGCAUCACCCCAAU